GGUUUUAGUCUUUAGAACAAACUUGCCGUUUCGUUUCGUAGGAGUUUAUCGACAUCUAGCUGAGAAAAUGGGAUUCUGGGGACUCGAAGUGAAACCUGGGAAACCUCAAGCUUAUAAUCCGAAAAAUGAACAAGGAAAGAUUCACGUUACCCAGGCAACUCUAGGUGCGGGUUUGAGCAAAGAAAAGAGUGUUAUUCAGUGUUCGAUAGGAGACAAGGCCCCGAUUUCUUUGUGUUCAUUGUUGCCUAACAAAAUCGAAUGCUGCCCUCUGAAUCUUGAGUUCGACGAUGAUGAUGAGCCAGUCGAAUUCUCCGUCACUGGUGACAGAAGUAUCCACCUGUCUGGAUUCUUGGAGUAUUAUGAGGAGAAUGAAGAUGAUUAUGAGCACGAUGAAGAUGAUUCAGAUGGUAUUGAUGUUGGUGAAUCUGAGUCAGACGAUUCAUGUGAAUAUGAUAGUGAAGAGGAUGAUCAAUUGGAUGAAUUUGAAGAUUUUCUUGAUAGCAAUCUUGAAAUGUAUCGGAAAGCUGCUGUCCCAAAGAGUGGAGUUAUAAUUGAGGAGAUAGAAGAUGAAGAGAAACCUGCCAAAGAUAAUAAGGCAAAACGAACCAAGAAGAAGAGUCAGGCUAGCGAAGAUGAGAGUGCAAAGAAACAAAUCGUUGCCAUUGAGAGUGCCCAUGUUCCAGUUCUGGAAAGCGAAGAUGAAGAUGAAGAUGGUUUACCUAUUCCUAAAGGAAAAACACCUGAACUAGAGACUGAGUCAGGUGAGAAGAUGGACUUAGAUAAUGACGAACAAGGUAGUAACAAAAAACGGAAGGCCAAGGCUACUGAGCUAGAUGGUGGACAAGAAAGUGUUAACAAGAGUAAAAAGAAGAAAAACCAGAAAGAAAAGAAGAAAGGUGAAAACGCCUCAAAUGAGGAAGCUGAUGAACAAGUUCCGACGGGAAAUGUGCUGAAAAAGCAGGAAACCAGCCAAAUUUCUUCAAACACGAAAGCUCAAAAUGGAACUGCAGACAAUGCAAUGAGUGAAAGCUCCAAGACCCCAGAUAAAUCUGCUGAGAAGAAAAAGAAAAAUAAGAAAAAGAAGAACUCAAGUGAGGAAGCUACAGCUGGGAGUAAAACCAUUUCUGGUACUGUUGAGAAGCAAACCCAAGAGGACUCAAAGUCUUCUCAAGUACGGACAUACCCAAAUGGGCUCAUUGUUGAAGAGUUGAGCAUGGGCAAACCCAACGGCAAGAGAGCUGAUCCUGGAAAAACGGUUUUUGUCCGCUACAUUGGAAAACUUCAGAAGAAUGGGAAGAUUUUCGAUUCCAACAUUGGAAAAUCACCAUUUAAAUUUCGUCUAGGUAUUGGACAAGUCAUUAAGGGGUGGGAUGUUGGCGUUAAUGGCAUGCGUGUUGGUGACAAAAGGAAGCUUACAAUUCCUCCAUCAAUGGCGUAUGGAGCGAAAGGUGUUGGUGGUGGCCAGAUUCCUCCUAAUGCUUGGCUGACGUUUGAUGUCGAACUGAUUAAUGUUCAAUAAAACUGCCGAGAGAAUUCAUAGAAUCUAUGAUAGGGAUUUCUGAGGAGUUGUAGCUGCCUAAGAUUGUUUCUUUCCUUUUUAACUCUUGAAUCUUUUUGAAAAAUGGAUUUGUGGUUCCCAUAAGACCAUAACAUUUGUUAUAAAUUUUGUAUUGUGUU